AUGGGGUACAGACAGGCUGCCGUCCUCGCCUCGGUCUCUUUCUUCCUCGGCGUGCUGUUCCUCUGCUUCUCCGUCGACUACAAAAUCCUUUUCGCGCCGCUCACGGAGGACAUCAUCAACGAUGGUCUCGCGUUCUACACGACGUUCUACCACUCGCCCGCCGCGAUCAAGGCACGUCCUCGCAGCCCUCUUUCUCCCCUCUUCUCGUCUGACACCCCGUGCGAGCACUAA